AUGAAGUACAGGACUGUAGUAAUGUACACCGAAAUUGGUUGCUUCGUCUCCUGCCUUUGUGGUUGGAUCCUUGUGUGCUCCACCCUUCCCACGGAGUACUGGACUUUCUCUGAGGUGGGCAGUAUUGUGCUGACCACCUCCAACUACUACUCAAACCUGUGGAGGGACUGCAUCUCAGACACCACCGGGGUGUCCGACUGCAAAGACUACCCCUCCAUGCUGGCUCUACCUGCGUUCCUGCACGCCUGCCGAGCUUUGGCAGUCUGUGCAGUCAUCACUGGCUUCUUUGGUGGCGUUCUCACCCUAAUUGGAAUGAAGUGCACCAAAAUAGGCGGAUCAGAAAUUGCAAAUGCAAGAGUGACCUUUGCGGGAGGAAUCACCUAUCUGGCUUCAGGCUUCUGUGGUAUGAUCACUUACUCGUGGUGGGCCAACAGAGUCAUCACAGAAUUUCUUGACCCCAAUUUCAGAGCUCAAAAAUUUGAGCUUGGAGCUGCAGUUUUCGUCGGCUGGGGAGGUUCUGUCCUCUUGCUCUCUGGUGGGACGGUGUUAAGUUACUUUUCUGGAAAAGAAGGCCUUCCAUCAAGUUCUUCAAACCGCCCACGGCGACCAGCCACUUACGCCACCGCCCGGACCCGAAAGUCCUACAUGCUGCCACCUACCUCCUCCAGGGUGACUCUGGGGCCACCGCUGUUUUAUGAGGGCAGGAAGAGUCGACAAAGCAGAGUUGCAACAAAGACGACCGCCACCUUCAGCAGGGAUGACUUUGUUUGA